AUGUCUACAAGCAGAACUAACGGCAACGCCUUCCACCCGAAGAAAUACACCCCCAACACACCUGAGGUUCUCUGCGAGCUUUGCCAUCCUGCCACCGCCGAAGUCGCGAAACACUUCCUGCCCACGAUCACAGAGACUCAAACAACACCCGCCGAGUCCUGGAUCGUCCACGACAAUGCCUGCGGCUACGGCGAGGUCAGUCGCAUGAUUCUAGAAAUGGACCCGGCGCCAGCGAAGAAGAUCGAUAUCGUCGGUACUGACAGUAGUGACGCGAUGAUCCAGACUUAUCUGAAGCUCAAGGAUAAAUUUGCGUCGAGGCUGGACGGUCAGGGUGUCUCGAUCCGUGCGGAGGUGCAGAGAGCGGAGAACCUUGCGGCGUUGUCUGACGAGUCCUUCUCGCAUUCAAUUACGAAUUUCUUGGUCAACUCUGGUCCAAACCCGGACCUAAAUGUCCCCAUUGUCAAAGAGGUAUACCGUACGCUGAAGCCUGGAGGCACGGCGGUGAUUACAAACUGGAACCAAAUCGCGCAUGCAGAUGCGGUAAUCGCUGCACACGAAGGCACCAGAGGCAAGGAUGCCAGCCCAUUGCUAUAUGGGAUGGGAAAAGAGCUCCUAAACCCAGACCAUCUCAUCUCGUCGGUUGUGGGAGGUGGAUUUGAUAAGGCGAAGCUGAAGAUCCUCUCGAAGCCGGUGGCGGCUGGCGCUUCGUGGAAAACCCGUGAAUCGAGGAGGCGUUAUUGCGGCUUGAUGUGGAGUGUGUUGGGACCGACGCUCAAAGGGUGGCAGCUGGAGGACGAAGAGAAGUGGGAGCAGGCCUUGGAUAUCCUGGAAGACAUGCUGCCGAAACUGCCCGGUGUGACAGUUUCAGACGAGGGUCUGUUGAGUAUUACGCUGACGGCGACGAUUGCUAUAGUGCAGAAGUAG